AUGCUAGAAGACAAAGGUGAGUUAUCUAUAAAAGAAGUUUUGAAAUGCCUUCCAAUUUCAGAAAAAAGUCCUGCAAACUGGGCUGCCUGGUGCUUCGGACUCAUCUUGGUUGUGCUCAUUUUGAUAGUCACUGGAUACAUGUUUGUGGUGUAUCUGAGAUCUCAACGAAAGAAAAAUCAGUUGGCUGAUGAGACUGGAGGGAUUGAGAUUGAAAAUAGUAUUCGUGAUCCGGUGGUUAUUAAUAACUCAUUGGCUUCUAGAAGUUGUUCGGAAAACAAGGUCAAAAAACAAUCGCCUGAAUCAACGGAACAAGACGAUUUUUCCAAGACGACUGUUGAUGAGACCAUCAAGGAAAAAUCUGAGAAGCAGCCGAAGACUUGUGCACAAAAGCCGAAAGUUCCCAUUCCCAAAGCUUCCACGCCAAAAACUGAAAAAUUGGUAUCCAAGGAGCCAAGUACGGAAGAAUUAUCGGUAAAGAAUAGCCUAACGGAUUUGAAAAAUGAAGCAACAAAAAUGGCAAACACUUCUUCUUCUGCAAAUAGAACAGGAGAGAUUUCUGUCGAAAUCGUUUCUCCGAAGCCAACCACCGCAGUUCAAGCUUCAACUCCUGAAAAACCAAUGUCAAGUGCAGAAUCUGCGAUGGAAUCCUCGAUUGGAAGUGAUAUUUCGACUUACAUAGUCUCAUCAAAGCGAAGUGAAGUGAAUAAUUACAACAUGAUAGAAGCUGGUCGAACUCCGCCAAUGUCAUUUAGUGAAUCAUAUGCUCAAACUGCUAUCCCUACAGCAAACACUCCUCCAACUGUGGUUCAUGUCUCGAAACCAUCUUCUGAAACAUCCGUGUCAAUUCCACCAUCUUCUGCAGUCAAAAAGUAACUCAAAUUGUUUGUGUAUUAAGAAUAAAAUGAAUUAUGUGC